CCCAUGUACAUACAUUGAGAACGCCAUUUCCUCAUUCAUCGAACGCCGUGGAUACGUGGUGGGAACAAGAGCAUCAGCGUCGAGGGACACUUGUAACAAGCAUCAGCACCACCGCCAUGCCAUCUUGGAUACCCGGCACGGGCGGCUCAUCCUCUGCGCCCGCCUCCACCAGCACCUUUGGAGGGGGCGGAGGUUGGGGUGCCGCCUAUCCCUUCAGCGCUGCAGGGAAUAGGUCCGGCAACACUGGUGGGCGCAGCGGCUUCUUACCAUCAAUGACAUCAUCCGGAGGCGGAGGGCCAUCGAAGUGGGUCAACAUGGAUACGCAGCAAGUCAGCUACCUCACCGGCGAGCUCACCGGCGAGAACUCGGCAUUUGCGCAAUUCGGAUUCGAGCUUACGCGUCAGCAGCGUUUGAUGGGAUUCGUAGGCUGCGUCAUCGCAGGCUUCGUCAUCUCUCUGAUUGGCACGCUGCUACUACUGAUAGCGUCCUACGUCCUCUUCGCCAUCCUCUACUCCGUCGGCUUCCUCGUCUCGCUGACGGGGACCGGCUUCCUGAUCGGGUUUGGAACGAUGAUCAAGCAGAUGUUCAAGCCGGUCAGGGUCGUCGCGACCAUUAUAAUGUUCGCCGCUUUCGCCAUGGUCUGGAUCUCGGCUUUUGCGAUCCGCAGUGCUCCCCUCGCCAUCGUCUUCUGCGUCGUCCUCUACCUCUCCUAUCUCUGGUUCGCACUCUCGUUCGUUCCAUAUGCCCGCUCGCUCGUUAAGAGGAUGUUCAGCAAGGUCAUCGGCGGGUGAAACACCCCUCAUCGGUGCGCGUUCUCUCCAUCGAAACGACGACUACCUGUUGCAUGCAUGGUAGAAAAAGAGUCUCCCGGAAUGAAAAGAGGAUGGACGCUUGUCUGCUUACUUUCUCUCUUACAACGCUCCCUACACUGUAUUUCUAUUCAAGGAACGUCACGUCUGUUCAUCCAUCA